CAGCAGAGAGAUAGGAGAGAGAGAGAGAGGAUGGAGAGAGGCAAAGGAGUUGCAGCUUCCAUUCCUCCCGCCGUAGAAGAGUCCGGCGAGAACAAGGGAGAUUCCUCCCUGCCUGCGGUCAGAUUAGCUGCCCGAAACGCUUCAUCCAAGUACGAUUUCGUAAAGGUAAAAGUAUGGCUGGGUGGUAAUGCCGAUCAUUACUACGUUUUAUCUCGCUUCCUCCUCAGUAGGAUGCUGACUGUCACAAAGAUUCCCAAUCAUGUUGCAAUUAAAAUUGCUCUUGAACUCAAAAAGCUUCUCAUCGACAACAGCCUUUUAGACGUUUCCCAAUCUGAUUUAGAAGCCAAUCUAUUUAAGCUUAUGGAGCGGCGGGGCUAUGGAGAAGAAUAUAUCAACCGUUAUAAAAUGAUGACCAGAUUCCAUCACCAAAGAGUUCCCUUGGUAAUUCUUGUAUGUGGAACUGCUUGCUCUGGGAAAUCCACCAUUGCUACACAACUUGCUCAACGACUAAACUUGCCAAAUGUUUUACAGACGGAUAUGGUUUAUGAGUUACUACGCACGUCAACAGAUGCACCAUUGGCAUCUAUUCCAGUAUGGGCACGGGAAUUCAGCUCCUCUGAAGAACUCAUUACUGAAUUUUGUCGAGAAUGUAGAAUUGUUCGGAAAGGGUUGGCAGGGGAUUUGAAGAAGGCAACGAAAGAUGGGAAGCCAGUCAUAAUUGAGGGAAUACAUUUGGAUCCAAGUAUUUAUCUAAUGGAUGAGGAGGGGAGAACAUUCACCGACUUAAAUAAAAAAAGUGAGGUGCCAAAGUCUGUACCUAGGCCCUCAGAAGAUAACAUUGCAAAACCUCAGGAAUACUCUGAAAAUGACAAGUGCUGUUCUGUGCAUGAGGUAAGCACAAAAGAGGGGAUGUCCUCCAAUCAGGUGGCAGAAGUUACGGAUUGUCUGGGAUCUGUUGACCUAGCUGGAAAUGUUUCAGAUGUUCAAGGGAGAACUCUAAAUGAUCCAGAUGCAAAACCCAGUAAACCGGCGAAGACAGAAAAAUCUGCCGCUGAACCUGUCAUUGUGCCGUUAGUGUUGAAGAUGGCGGAGUUUGAUCAUAAGGCAUUGCUAGAGGAGUGGAUCUCCACCCGAACAUUUGGAGAUAAAUCGCUAGCUCAGGAUAAGGAUAAGCUAAUAAGAAAUUUAAAAACUAUUCAGGAAUAUCUUUGCUCAUUUGGAUCACAGGGUUUGACGGUGGUCAAUAUUUCAGCAACAACAUUCCCUCAAACAUUGGAUUGGCUGCACAGCUAUCUUCUACAGCCUUGUCUGGAGCUAUUGGGGUUGGUUAUUGUAGAGCAGCCAAGUGGGAAGCUUCCCAUAUUCUGUUGUAUCGAGCGAGGCAUUUCUGCUGUGCCCUCCGAAUCCCGCCAAUCAUCGGCGACAUGACAUCGGUAGUUUAGGCCUAAGCAGGUAUGUAGCGUGAUAUCCGUGGGAAUGUAUUUGUAUGUGCAGACAUGCAUUAUUUAAUCAUGAGAACCAAUCACCUACAUCAUGUCGUGGGCCAACUAACCAACAAGAGUUUCUUCAAGCAUUUUGCCCUUGAUAAUAUUGAAUAUAUUUAAGGGCGAAAUAGGAAAUGAAAAUUCAGGUGUAAAAAACAAAGGGUCAUACCAUAUGAACGGUUGGAGGCGAUCAGUUUUCUUAUUUAAUAUUGUAUUUGAAGUUACUGCCAGCAAGAUUAAGUCAAUGAGAAGAGCUUUGAUCUGAUUGCCUCUCAUUCCCCUGGAGCUUGAGUAGGAAUAACAAUAAAAAUCAAGGCCCAACUUUUAGAUGGGCCUGAUCAUCCAA